GGUACAAACAUUACAACAGUACAAAUAAUAUAAGCCCGAGACAGUCUGCCACAUAAAUCAACACUAUUAAAGGCUUUUGUACGUAAAUACCGCAUACGUUUUGUUUAGCUUCUGUCAGCAGUAUGAACGAGAUGGAUAUUGAGGUCAGCGGUUUAAUUACUACUCAAGAGGAGAAACAGACGGGGAAUAAUAUGUUCCAGUUGCCAGCCAACAUUUUGUUAUCCCCACCCGCUGCCCGUGAAUGGUUCGGGAAGCGUAAGGAAACUGUUAGACCAUGGAUGGUUUUCAUCAACACAUCAAACUUCCAGGCCCCACGGAGCUUGCCCAGACUGACAAGGAGAAUUGUGAAGAACAUCGAGUAUUUUCAAAGCAAUUAUCUGUUUGUAUUCGUUGGUGUUGUGUUAUACUGCCUCAUUACAUCACCAUUGUUGUUGUUUGCUGUGGCAGCCAGCCUUGGAGCUGGUUAUAUCCUUCAUCUACGACAUGCUGAAGGGAAGAAGCUUACAUUGUUGUCACAUGAGAUACCACUGGCACAACAGUAUGGUGUUGUUGCCAUUUGUUCCCUGCCUGUUUUCUACUUGGCAGGAGCUGGCGCUGCCCUUUUUUGGGUGCUGGGUGCUUCCUUGGUAAUAAUUACUCUACAUGCAGCUUGUUACAAUAUUGAUGCUGUGUUGAGUCAGGAUGAGAGCAGAUUUGACCUUGUAAUGGAAGAGGUCUGAUCAAAUAUGUAGCACAGUAUGUUCAUACACACUGUUUAUGUACAUUGAACAUAAUAUAAUUUAUGGAUACUAUUUCUGGUUACAGAAAAAUGUAAUAUUUUUUGAGCAUCUGAUUUUAUUUUAUAUAUACAUUUCAGUGUCAAUACAAAGAAUUUUCUACUAAUAUCGUAACAGGAUUUCCAGAGUUAUAUUGAUAUAGGAGGAGGAUGUGUAUUCAUAUAGAACUGGACUGUAAAAAAACAUGUUAUGCAGAUGCUAAUUCUGACAGCAGUGGAUGAAUAGCUUAUGCAAAGCAGUGCACAGUGAUCAUCACAUCUUCAUGGACUAUCUAGAUCUAGCUAGAUAGAUAUAUCACUCACAUCUCAAAAAUAGGGUUGGGGAUGGGGGAGAAGAAGUAGUAUAGGGAAUUCUGCAGAACUGCAAAUUUGUGACAAUGAUAAUGUGACAGUGAGUCAGUCUUAAUUUUCCAGUGCUGCACACUGCUCAAAGAAAGAUCUUUGCAUUACCAUAGAAAUCUGAUUUUAUGUUGGAAUAAAUCUGUACCAAUAGUGACAUAUUAUUCUCAAACAAGCCCUGAGAAUAGAAAAAAUAGUAUUGGAACUAAUUAGAAAAUUUGAUUCAAUAGAUAAAAAAAUAUAAAGGUUGUACAUUUAACUUGAUUUCUCGUGCAUACAAACUUCACUCAGAAUAACAAAAUAUAAUAAAAUAACUAUCAUACUGUGAUUAUCAAAGGUUUAAAAAGUUAGAAAAACAUGAGAAGAGCUCCUGAUUUGUGUUUAUUACAAUGAAUGUCAUAAUACCUGUUCUGAAACAUGAGAUGGAUUUUUGUAGGGUGACAACAAAAGAAAUAUGAUCACAGAAUGAGCAGAACAGAUAAUCUCCCACUAUAUCUGGUUAAUAAAUGCAAAAUAUGAAUUUUAGGGAACGUAGAAUAAUGAACUGUGUGUUCAAACAGUGGAAAGUCCAGGAAGAAAUAAAAACAGUUUAGAAAGGAUAGAGUGAUACUCACUACAUAGAAGAUGUGUUGAGUUGCAGACAGACACAAAGAAAAAGACUGUAGACAGGCACAAGAAAAUGAACGCUAGAAAUAUUUAGUUUUUGGACAACGUCCUCCUUCAGAAGUAGUGGCUCUGUGUGUGUGUGUGUGUGUGUGUGUGUGUGUUUUUGCUGUAUAAGUGGGUUGAGUUUUUGGCCAAAAGCUGAAAUAUUUCUAGCUUUCUUUUUCAUUGACUCACUGCUUCUGCUAUGUGUGAGUAACAAUAUAUUUUUUCCAUAUUGUUGAACUGUGUAUUCAGAUUUUAUGGAUGACAGAUAAAAUGUUUGAUUAAAGAAAAGAAAUUACUGAAUGCAACUAAAAUGAACAGUAUUAUACUACAAGACAUCGAAGUUCCACAAAUAAGAAAAUUUUCUAUAGAGGCCACUGAUUGUGGUCCCAGAAGAUCACCUUGUGUGGUAAACAUAUUGAAAUAUAAGUUAUUCAAAAUGUUGUGCUGCAGUGGAAUACUGAAGAAAUUAUUUUAAUUUGUAAAAAGAAAUAAAAGGGGAGAUGGAAGAAACUGUAUUGAACAUUCAGGCUGCAUAAAGAACAUACGAGGUUGACUAGCUGAGGCACGCAGUAAUUGUGAAUCUUAUACUAGAGCAUUGAGCAAGGAAGAUAAACAUAGCAAUGUGGAGGAGAUUAAUUCAUGGUAAUGAGAUCAGCAAAGAUAAGUCAUGAUGAAUGCAGUAAAAUAAAACAAUCAAUCAGUGAGAGUGGAAGAAUAGAGGACUGCACAGUAUUUUAUUAACAAUAAUAAACAUAAUCAUGCAGAAGAGACACAUGUGUAUAUUAUUGUGAAUGAUGUACACAUUUCAGUGUUAGAACUGAACAUUAAAGGCAUUAAGAAAACAAUAGUAUGAGGUUGAUAUGGCUGGGCUUGCUGUAGCAACACUAAAACAUACAAUUUUGUAGGAAGUGGUAGUCAGUCUUCUUGUGAAAUAUCAUUAUUUUCACAUCAUUUUCAAUGCCAUUUUAUGGCAGUAAUGGGGAACACAAAAUGGAAAUAUUAAAAUCUGUUUUCUAUUCUUGCACCAUAUCAUACAAAGAUAGCAAAAAAUUCAAAUGUGCACAGUGGCUUGCAUAUCAAAUCAACAGAUAAAUAUUAUGAAGGUGGAUGAAUAAAAUAUAUAAACUUUAAAAAGCUAUACAUUACUAUUUUACAUUUUCAUAAGUCAAUACUUUUGGAAAUUCAUUUUCUCUGUGAUGUGAUAUAAAUUGUCAUGUGUCCAGAAAUUUUAUUUCAGAAUUCUAUUUUCCUUUUAAGAAGUCCAUGCUAUUAUUAAAAUAAGUUUAUCAAGCUUUUUUAACGUGUGUUUCUGAUAAUCAUGAUUGAUGAAACAUUGGUUUAUGUGAAACUUCUAAAAUCACUCAACUAAAAACUUGGAUAGACAGUCAAUACCUGUGAUAUUGUUGAAAUUGGUUUAAUAAAAUCCUGACCCAGUCAUACCUCCUGCAGUUCUCUGUAUAAAUUUAUAUUAGUUAAUGAAGAUGAGAUUAGACAUACAAUGACAUAUCAUGUGGCCAGUCAUUUCCCUCAGAAUCCUAAAGCUAUUUACAAAAUCUCAAUGUGAAAAGACAAAUACAUUUUUUUUUUUACCUGUGCUAAUUUAUUUUAUAAAUCGGAGUGCGUAAAAUGUAAAUAGGUUGCCCAAAUACAAUUCAAACCAUGUCUAUUUAUGAAGAUUUUGUAUAUAAAUUUUAUUUGUGUGCUGUGUAUUCUUUCAUAUAAAUAUUUUAAAAUA